GGACGCUGAUGGGCGCUGGGCGCAGGUGCGGUGGCUGUGAAGUGUCCUGCUGCCCGUCACCACCGCCACUGCCUCUGCCACUGCCAGGGCUGCUAGCUCACGGACGGUUCUGGAAGAUCUUGUGCCCUCUUCUGGAAAGGGGUGCCUAUCGUUGAUUUAUGGGGCAGCAGCCUGGAAAAGUUCUUGGGGACCAAAGGAGGCCAAGUUUGCCCGCCCUGCACUUCAUCAAAGGGUCAGGGAAGAAGGAGUCGGCCACGAGGCAUGGGGGCCCGCACUGCAACGUGUUUGUGGAACACGAAGCCCUUCAGAGGCCGGUGGCAUCUGACUUCGAGCCCCCGGGUCUGAGCGAAGCUGCUCGUUGGAACUCCAAGGAAAACCUGCUUGCUGGGCCCAGUGAAAAUGACCCCAAUCUGUUUGUUGCGCUGUAUGAUUUCGUGGCCAGUGGGGACAACACCCUAAGCAUAACUAAAGGUGAAAAGCUUCGGGUCUUGGGCUACAACCACAAUGGGGAGUGGUGUGAAGCGCAAACCAAAAAUGGCCAAGGGUGGGUCCCGAGCAACUACAUCACGCCAGUCAACAGCCUGGAGAAGCACUCGUGGUACCACGGGCCUGUGUCACGCAACGCUGCCGAGUACCUGCUCAGCAGCGGCAUCAACGGCAGCUUCCUGGUGCGGGAGAGCGAGAGCAGCCCUGGCCAGAGAUCCAUCUCCCUGCGAUAUGAAGGGAGGGUCUACCACUACCGCAUCAACACCGCGUCCGAUGGCAAGCUCUAUGUCUCCUCCGAGAGCCGCUUCAACACCCUGGCCGAGCUGGUCCAUCACCACUGCACCGUGGCCGACGGCCUCAUCACCACCCUGCACUACCCAGCCCCCAAGCGUAACAAGCCCACCAUCUACGGCGUGUCCCCCAGCUAUGACAAGUGGGAGAUGGAGCGCACCGACAUCGCCAUGCGGCACCGGCUGGGCGGGGGCCAGUACGGGGAGGUGUAUGAGGGCGUGUGGAAGAAGUACAGCCUGACCGUGGCCGUGAAGACCCUGAAGGAGGACACCAUGGAGGUGGAGGAGUUCUUGAAAGAAGCUGCAGUGAUGAAAGAGAUCAAACACCCUAACCUGGUGCAGCUGCUCGGGGUCUGCACACGGGAGCCUCCUUUCUAUAUCAUCACCGAGUUCAUGACCUACGGGAACCUGCUGGACUACCUGCGCGAGUGCAACCGGCAGGAGGUGAACGCCGUGGUGCUGCUGUACAUGGCCACGCAGAUCUCCUCUGCCAUGGAGUACCUGGAGAAGAAGAACUUCAUCCACAGGGAUCUGGCUGCCCGCAACUGCCUGGUCGGGGAGAACCACCUGGUGAAGGUGGCCGACUUCGGGCUGAGCCGGCUGAUGACGGGGGACACCUACACGGCCCACGCUGGGGCCAAGUUCCCCAUCAAGUGGACUGCGCCGGAGAGCCUGGCCUACAACAAGUUCUCCAUCAAGUCCGACGUCUGGGCGUUUGGCGUACUGCUCUGGGAGAUUGCCACCUACGGCAUGUCACCUUACCCUGGGAUCGACCUGUCCCAGGUCUACGAGCUGCUGGAGAAGGACUACCGCAUGGAGCGCCCUGAAGGCUGCCCGGAGAAGGUCUACGGACUCAUGCGCGCAUGUUGGCAGUGGAACCCCUCGGACCGGCCCUCCUUUGCCGAAAUCCACCAGGCUUUCGAAACGAUGUUCCAGGAAUCCAGUAUCUCAGAUGAAGUGGAAAAGGAGCUGGGCCGACGUGGCACCCGGGGGGCCAUGAGCACCCUGCUUCAGGCCCCAGAGCUGCCCACCAAGACCCGAACGUCCAGAAGAGCUGCUGAGCCCCGAGACACCACUGACACCUUGGAUGCACCCCACUCCAAGGGUCCGAUUGAGAGCGAUGCCCUGGACCAUGAACCUGCCGUGUCUCCGCUGCUCCCACGAAAAGAGCGGGGUCCCCCGGACGGCGGCCUGAACGAAGAUGAGCGCCUUCUCCCCAAAGACAAGAAAACCAACCUGUUCAGCGCCUUGAUCAAGAAGAAGAAGAAGACCGCGCCGGCCCCCCCGAAGCGCAGCAGCUCCUUCCGGGAGAUGGACGGCGCUCCCGAGCGCAGGGGGCCCGGCGAGGACGAGGCCCGGGAGAUGAGCAACGGGGCGGCUCCCCCUCCCGCCACAGACACGGCCGAGCCUACCAAGUGCCCCAAGCCCAGCAACGGAGGCAAUGGAGUCCCCAACGGGGCCUGCCGGGAGUCGGGGGGCUCAGGCUUCCGCUCCCCCCACCUGUGGAAGAAGUCCAGCACCAUGAGCAGCAGCCGCCUGGCAGCUGGCGAGGAGGAGAGCAGCGGCAGCUCCGGCAAGCGCUUCCUGCGCUCCUGCUCGGCCUCCUGCGUGCCACAUGGGGCCAAGGACACCGAGUGGAGGUCAGUCACGCUGCCCCGCGACCUGCAGUCCACGGGCAGGCAGUUCGAUUCGUCCACCUUCGGAGGGCACAAAACCGAGAAGCCCGCUUUACCCCGGAAGCGGGCCAGCGAGAACAAGUCUGACCAGGCGCCCAGGGGCACGGUGACCCCUCCACCCCGGCUGGGAAAGAAGAGCGAGGAAGCUGUGGAUGAGGCCUUCAGAGACCCCGCCGAGGCCAGCCCAGGCUCCAGCCCUCCCGGCUUGACCCCGAAGCUCCAGCGGCGGCAGGUCCCAGCGAGCCCUGCCUCCGGCCCCCCGCACAAGGAAGAGGCCGGGAAGGGCGGUGCCCCGGGGGCCCCUGGCGCUGCAGAGCCAGUGCCCCCCACCAGCAGAGCAGGCCCCAGUAAGGGGCCCGUGGAGGAAUCCCGAGUGCGGAGGAACAAGCACUCCUCUGAGUCGCCAGGCAGAGACAAGGGGAAGUUGUCCAAGCUCAAACCGGCCCCGCCGCCACCGCCAGCCUCCGUGGGCAAAGCGGGGAAGCCCUCACUGAGCCCGAGCCAGGAGGCGGCUGGGGAGGCAGCUGCUGGUGGUAAAACAAAAUCCACCAGCCAGGCGGUGGAUCCGGCCGGCGGCGAGGCUGCCAAGCCCAGCCAGCCAGGGGACGGUGUGAAAAAGCCCCUGCCCCCGUCGGCACCGAAGCCGCAGGCGGCCACCAAGGCUGCGGGGACCCCCACCAGCCCGGCCCCCAGCCCCGCCUCACUGCCUUCGGCCUCCACAGCCCUGGCCGGGGACCAGGCGUCUUCCACCGCCUUCAUCCCCCUCAUCUCGACCCGUGUGUCUCUGAGGAAAACCCGCCAGCCCCCAGAGCGCCUUGCCAGUGGCGCCAUCACCAAGGGCGUGGUCCUGGACAGCACCGAGGCCCUGUGCCUGGCCAUCUCCAGAAACUCGGAGCAGGUGGGCAGCCACAGUGCCGUGCUCGAGGCCGGCAAGAACCUCUACACCUUCUGCGUGAGCUACGUGGAUUCCAUCCAGCAAAUGAGGAAUAAGUUCGCCUUCCGGGAGGCCAUCAACAAGCUCGAGAACAACCUACGGGAGCUGCAGAUCUGCCCGGCCACGGCGGCGGGCGGCCCGGCAGCCAGCCCGGACUUCAGCAAGCUCCUGGGCUCCGUGAAGGAGAUCAGUGACAUAGUGCAGAGGUAGCAGAAGCCAGGCCUGCACCGUGCCCGUGACAACUAGUGGCCAGCGGGGCACAGCCCUAGCUGUGCUGCGGAGUCUGCUCUGUGGACUGCGGGUGGCACCCAGGUCCACCGGGCGCAUGGGCCCACUGGAGCGCUCCUCCGUGUGCCUUCUGCCGUCACCAGCACACCUCUGCAUCACCACCACCAAGGUCACCAGCCUCACGCCUCCCGUGCCAAGGCUGCAGUCUAAGAUCCCCCUCCCCCCAGGAAGGGUCCUGCACGUGAAGGACAGCCAGGGGCUGGGGGCACACAGCCAGCCAGUCUUCGGGUCCCAGACAGCAGGGAGCUGGAGGAAUGUCAGGGCUC